GUCGAUGAGGAAGCAUCGGACAGGCAGCGCAUGGCGUGAACGUGGAGGCAUCCAUGUGUGGUGAGAAGACUUAUUUUUAAUGGACACUACAAUCAAUAGCUAUGUUUCCUAAUGGUCAUAUUGAUAGUGUGUAUUGUGAAGGUCCAUGUAAGUUAUGGCAAACAGUGUUGAUAUUAACAUUUAACAUACUAAAACUAAUUCUUAGCCUGCAUGUUUUGCUUCCCAUGCCCUAAAACAAAAUAACUGUCAAGCUUUAACUACUAUGGAAACCUCAUACAACCCCAAGCUCCGGAAGGAUGUUAAAUCCAAACAUCAGAUUCCAAGGCAAGCAGGGUUUGCGGAUUCCCUUGGCAGCAAGGAUGCAAACGGCAAGUGCAGGGAGGAGCCUAACUUCAACCUAAGCUUCAGCCUAACCUCACCGGGCAACCCUUGCUCCAAAAAGGAUGAUGGGAAACUUACAGUGAAGCAAAGUCAGGAAGAUGGGAAGCCCGAAGUCUCUUUGACAACCACGAAAGCCUCUGGAUCACAUAGGGCGCAACAAUUGGCUUGCAGCCCCGGGGUGGGGGCUGGGGUCAAAACACAAUCAGUGAGAACGGAAGCAUCAGGAGCCUCAAUGCCCAAAACACAAAGUGGAUCAACUCUGAAGACGAACAGCAAGGUCACACUGAGACUCAAAAUGCAAAGCAUCAAGAAGCAAGAUGGCGAGAAAGACACGAUAAAGGUCCAACACCAUAGAGAAGAUUCUGGCUGUCUUCCGGGUCAAACUUCACCAGCCACUGAAGAACCAGAACCAGUUAGCACAACAGCUUCUGUAAGUGCAAAGCCACAAAUGAAGAAGAUGGACUCAGUCCCCAUUGGUCGCAAUAGUCCCACACCGUCCAAACCAACGUUCAACUCCAAAACCAUGACGGCGUCCAAAGACAGCCAAAAAAGUGCUUCUGGAAACAGUUGUGGUUCAAAGGGAAGUUUUACAGGCUACAGUUCCAAGACAAGUCCCAGUUUUGAGAAUGGAACCAGAGAAAAUCUGGACUGUGAAACUGACAUCCAAACCAGUGUAGACAACCCAAGUGUCAAACCUAGUCCGUGCCCCAAAUCAAAGUGUGAUUCUUUUAAAAAGGAACUGACUCGCCCCCCCUCUGUAACAGUCUCUCCAUGUCCACUUUUGGUGAGCAGAAGUCCUGAAUGUAGGUCCAGUUGUCCAGAUUCUAUUCUAGUCCAUCUAGCUCCUCUUGCUGCUUCCAGCCCCAAGACCAGAACCUGUGUUGCCUUAACGACGCAGAAAAGAUGCACACCAGAGCCUGAAGCGGUGGCCGACUUGACUAAAAGUCUUACCUUAGACUCUGUGGACAGGACAUCACUGACAAGCGGCGUAGCUCCAAAGGGAGGACAAUGGAAGUUGACAGCAGCAGGAGGAAUGAAAUCUCAAGAGGUCCAGCAGGGGAUGGAUGAGGCUGGGAGGCCACCUCAGAACAAAGUGUGUCACCUGAGAGAUGAAAAUGUCAACAUCGCAUUGUCAUACCUCCCCCAUCCUUCUUCCGCUCAUCCAGAGAGGCUCAACCCCAGUGAGAUGCUUCAUCCUCAGGCAUCAGAGGGUAGGGAGGUGGGGGUCCAGGUGGCAGCGGAGAUGACUGAGCGGUCAGUUUCCACCAGUCCUAGUCUGCCAAGAGGAGCUCCCUGCUUCUCCCUGAUUGACAACUGGGAGAACCAAUCAUGUGGCUUGACCUCACCAACUGUGUCACUGUGCUGUGUGCCAGCUGCCCAGUCCCUCCGGAAGCAUGUCUGUAAGAUUGACAUCGAGCUGUCCAGCCAAGUCAAAGAAGAAAGUGCUAACAGUAUCAUGGGAGGUGACAAAGAAGUGAGGAUGCAAGCGGGACAGGAAGUGGGAGCUAAGCCACGGGAGGUGGCAAAAGAUGAGCAGGGAAUGACAUGGGAGGUGUACGGUGCCUCAGUGGACCUAGAGUCUCAAACCACGGCCAUCCAGUCCCACCUUGAGUCCAAGAUCCGAAAGCAGGCAAAACACAUCCAGUCUUUGAGGAGGUUUAUCAGGAAGCACAACAGAAGGAAGAAACGGAAGAGGAAGAAGGAUAGAAAGAAAGGAGGAAGGAUGCUGGGAUGUUGCUGCAUGGCUCCUUCAGUGGAAGACUGAGAUGAAAAUUCAAACAUUCAUCGAUGGAGAUCAUCGGUAUCCCACAGCAAGCAAAGCGCAAUGGAGAUAAGACCCUCAUGCUAAUGAACACAUUACACUGUCACUUAUCUUGCAGUAGUGCGCACUUUGCAUGUGCAAGAGAGUAAAAUCCAUGUGUAAAAUGUUGGUUUACUGAAGCGGAUCAAACACUUUUCACUGGUGUUAAAUAUUUCAGCAACGUCCUUUUUUUUGGGCAAAUGCCACUGAACCAGCCAAGAAGAGUUUACGGCAGAAAACACGGAUCAUUUAACCCCGCAAUAUGUCAUUAUGAAUGCUUUUUAAUGAAAUCACUCUCUUAGCAUCUCACUUAAAUCACAUCUUCAACAUAAAACAAGCUCCCACCUGCUAUAAGCACAAAUUCAAACUUCAGAGAGCACUUAUCUUUCCUCAUCCCUCAUUUUAUCACCACCUCCUAUUCGUCCCGUACCUCUCUGAAUUAUUCAUAAGCAUUAAAAAAUCACACUGAUGUCAACAACAGAAACCGGCUGCCAUGUUUUAUUCAGUCUGUACUUUGGGAUACACUUGAGGACUACAUUGUUUGCUUGAGCAACAAAAAUAAGACACACGUUAGAUCAGGGGCGUAUACACUUUUUACACCAAGGGACACAUUCAGAAAAAUUAAAGGAUAAAAGGGGUGGUAUGGGAGGGUGGGGAUUUGAUACAUGUUGCAUGGUGUAUACAGUAUUGCUCAUAUAUUAGUGUGCUAAUAAUAAAAAUGACAUUAUAUACUGUAUGUAGUUUAUGUGGUAUAUGAAAUAGACUUGUUCUGCACAUAAACAAUGGAGGUCAGCUGAUGUGGGGCAAAGGCUCUCAGGAGAACACAUCUCAACAGAAUCAAUGUCUUGCAUGCUAACCAUUUUAUCAGUCACACAGGAUACAAUAGUACAAACUGGAUUGAAUCGUAAACUGGGGUGCUUGUUUUCCCUGCUUGUGAGAUUGUUAACCCAUAUGAACCUUCUUCCUGCUCUAAGGGGGGCCAAGACUAUAACUGAUGAUGGAAACAAAAAUUUCCAGAGGAACCAUAAAUUGAUGGGAUGUGUCCCUUUUUUGGACGGCCACCUGAAAUUGUAUCUUUUUGCUUCAGUCAAUCACACUGUAAAAUAAAUCUAAGACUGUGAAUCUGAAAUUGAUAACUGCUUGGUGUUUUUUUUUUUUUUUUUUUUUAAUUCAAUGAAAAAAUCUUGAA